AUGGGUUCACGGAACGCUCUGGUUCGUGCUCAGACGGGAUCCGGGAAAACACUGGCCUAUGCGGUCCCGUUACUAUCGAGAUUAAUGAAUGUAGACCCAUUGGUCACGAGGACCGAUGGACCACUGGCUUUGGUUGUUCUACCAACUAGAGAGUUGGCGACACAAACAUUUGAAGUGUUUCAAACACUUUGUCACUCGUGUGUGCGCAUUGUCCCCGGUAUACUCAUCGGUGGCACGCGGAGAAAAGCUCAGAAAGCCAAUUUACGGAAAGGUAUCAACAUAGUGAUUGGAACACCCCAGCGAAUAUUGGAUCAUAUUUUACGAACUGCCAGUCUAGAUCUGUCGCAUCUGCGAUGGCUUGUCAUUGAUGAGGCGGAUCGUUUGUUGGAAAUGGGUUUUGAACGGGACGUUCGUCGGAUAAUUGACCAUAUCAAAAAUCUUGUGCCUUCUGAAGAACAUCCGGACGAAAAACACAGAAACCAGACUUCACAGACCGUGUUGCUAUCAGCCACAUUAACUCAAGGCGUGGAGAAGUUGGCCGGUUUAACAUUAACCAAUCCCGUCCGUUGUUUGGUCAGUUCGACACACGGAGGACCGGACAGUACCGAUAUGAACCGAGAGGGUGAUCAGUUUGCCAUGCCCGCCGGUCUGCGACAUUUCGUCCUCGUUGUUCCCUGGAAAUUGAGACUUAUUUCACUGGCCGCGUUUCUGUUGCUCAAGUGCCAAGAUUGUGUGGAUUUUCAUUAUCGACUGUUCAAAGCUGUUCUGUGCCCGGACGACGACGAUGAAGAACUUGUCAUUCCGGCACAUGCGUCACGUCUUUCCCUUUUUCGUUUGCACGGAAGCAUGGAACAUUCGGUAAGUUUUCCCCCUCCUUACAAAGUCGAUAAUACUCGAUUGCUCUCAUUGUUUUACCGUGCCAGAUUUUCUUCACAAAUUGCUUCCUUAAUCGACUCUGUCUAUUUUAGUACGCGUUGA